AUGGGCAGUCUAAGGGAAAAUGGUUCCAGAAUCACAGAACCACCGAGGAAACUGCUGGAAGAGUGCUGUGACCCUGGGCAGCUCUUUGCUAUGACAAAGCUGAACUCCCCGAUGGGAAAGAACCUCUGGUUUGAUGGGGAGUUUUUAUAUUCUUUCACUAUUGACAAUGCAACUUACUCUCUCUUCCCACAGGCUACUCCCUUCCAGCUGCCACUGAAGAAAUGCUCCGUGGUGGGAAACGGUGGGAUCCUGAAAAAGAGCGGCUGCGGCAAACAAAUAGAUCAAGCAGAUUUUGUCAUGCGGUGCAACCUUCCUCCUCUAUCCAGUGAAUACAGCAAGGACGUCGGAUCGAAAACUCAGCUGGUGACUGCAAAUCCCAGUAUAAUCCAGAAAAGGUUCCAGAAUCUUCUGUGGUCUCGAAAAGCAUUUGUGGACAGUGUGAAGGUUUACAACCGCAGCUACAUCUACAUGCCAGCCUUCUCAAUGAAGACGGGGACAGGACCCUCCCUACGUGUCUACUACACCCUGGAGGACUUCGGUGCCAAGCAGGCGGUCCUUUUCGCCAACCCCAAUUUCCUGCGUGACAUUGGCAAGUUCUGGAAGGGCAAAGGUAUCCAUGCCAAGCGGCUUUCCACGGGACUUUUCCUAGUCAGUGCUGCCCUUGGUCUGUGUGAAGAAGUAACAAUUUAUGGCUUCUGGCCGUUCUCUGUGGACCUGCACAGGAAGUUUAUUAGCCAUCAUUACUAUGACAAUGUUUUGCCCGACUCCGGAUUCCACGCCAUGCCGGAGGAAUUUCUACAGCUCUGGUUUCUUCAUAAAAGUGGUGUACUGAGAAUGCAGCUAGAACCAUGUGAGGACCCUUUAAUCUAG